AUGCCCAUACCCCUCGAUUUUAAAGGGCCGUCAAACAUCACCACGUAUGUCGACGACACCGAUCCUUUUGAGUGGAUCCAAAAAUUUGAGGCAGCAAUGACCCUUCACGGUCAGACAGAUCUCCUUAUGUGCAGGACCUUUCCUACACUCUUAGACGGGAGAGCAUUGACAUGGUACACCAUUUUGCCAACACGGAGUAUAGCUUCCUGGGAUGAUCUAGCGUGUAAGUUCCAAACCCAUUUCGCUACUAGCCGCCACCUGGUGCCCAAGUCUGUACAUGCACUUGAAAAAAUUCGCCAGCAAUCUGGGGAACCCCUCAGGUCUUUCUUGGACUGCUUCGACAAAGAGGCUCUUCAAGUGCAAGGUUUAGACCCUAAAGUGCAGGUGCACAUACUUUUGUCAGGCCUGAGACAAGGGGCGUUCGCAUACGAGCUCGCCCGCCAUGAGAUUACUGACCUUAAAGAGGUCAAGAAGAAAGCUCAAGAGUUUAUGAGAAUUGAAGAGUAUAAAGGGAGUAGAGCUGACGACUCUCAAAACCGAGAGAAGAAAGCUAGCAAAAAAAAGGCAGUUGAUGAAGAGAGGAAAAGUCACAAAUCCCCCAAGUAUUCUAGUCGCCCUAUCGGGCGUGAUACUCAAAGACGCCAACCUCACAGCGUCCUACAAACGGAGUACAAAGAACACAACAGUAACCCACAACAUCAACCACCAGCUAGAAAAGUCAUCGUGUACUGCAAGUUCCACCGGAGCAAUGGCCAUAACACUGAAGAGUGCAGAUCCCUCAAGGAUGAGAUCGACGAGCUAAUCAAGGGAGGAGCCCAAAGGCAGUUCAAUAAUUCAGGGCGCGAAACAGGUAAUGGAAGGUGUCGUUGUGAACGUAGCAGGUCACCAGAAAGGCGAAGAACCGACCAAGCUAGCUAUGGGCCCCGUCGUGAGCAUAACCGAAGGGAGAACUCCCCAAGAGGCCGCAGGGCCCAGAUCAGCCCAAGCAACAAUGAUGGGCAUCAAGAACGUGAAGAAGACCCUGUGGUUAUCAAACACAGAAUAAUAAACAUGAUUGCAGGUGGACUAAGUGGCGGUGGCGAAACAACUAACACCAGAAAGAAGCACUUGAAACAAUGUUUGGCAGUGUCUGGUAAAGUCAUCAGCAAAGCUAAAGCCAAUACCGAUCACAUCAAGCCUAAAAUCGUGUGGGACAACGGCGAUUUGGGCGACGUCCUGCCUGGACAUGAUGACCCCUUAGUCAUCCAAGCAAUAAUAGCUAACUUUGGCAUUAAUCGCGUGUUUGUUGACCAUGGCAGCUCUGCUGACAUCUUAUUCUUACCUUGUUUCAGGGCAUUAGGGUUUAUUGUUAUUGAUUUAACUCCUGUUGUUGGUGAACUAUCAGGUUUCAAUGCUACAGUCACCAAGCCCCUCGGCAUGAUAAAUCUACGCUUAUCAAUGGGAGUGCCUCCUACUUCGUGGUCUGUUGAUAUCCAAUUUCUAGUUCUUGACACCCCAUCAGCAUACAACGCUAUCCUCAGAAGGAGGAUGUUUGCCGCAUUUGAGGCAAGCAUUUCUCACCCGCAUUUGGCAAUGAAGUUCGUGGCGAAGGACAAUAAGGUCGCAACAGUAAGAGGAGACCAAAUGGUAGCUAGGAGUUGUUAUAAUAUAUCUUUGAAACCGGCAACCAGGGUCACCUUCAAAGACCAACCAGCGCCCCAAAUGAUAACAACCCACGUAACUGAAGAAAACCCUAGCAGCAAUAAUAAGGAUAUUGAUCAGUGCUUUCUUGUAGAAUUCGACGCAAGGGAUGACCCCCGGGUGGAACACUCCAAGCCCACGCCGGAUGGAGUAUUAGAACAUGUUGUCUUAGGCGACGCGGACCACCAAACAACCACCAUCGGGGCGAUCGCUGAUCCUGAAGUAAAAAAUAGGUUGAUUGAAUUGCUACGAGGAAAUAAAGAUCUGUUUGCCUGGAAACCGUCUGACAUGCCAGGCAUCGACCCGAAAGUGUGUUGCCAUCGGCUGACAGUGGAUCCCAAAGCAAAGCCCGUAGCACAGAAAAAGAGAAAGUUUGGCCCAGAUCGCCAAAAGGUGAUCGAUGAGGAAGUAAAGAGGCUCCACGACGCCGGCUUCAUUAAAAAAGUUAAGUACACAACCUGGCUCUCCAACCCAAUGUUGGUUAAAAAGCCCAGAGGGGCGUAG